AUGAUCUUGAGGAAACCUGGACUUAUAAUUUCUAACCAUACCUGGAACGUGCUGGAACGAACAUACCUGGAACGUACUGGAACGACUGCACGUUUGGCGCAGUGGCUGGACAACUGGCUGCCGCGCAACGUGUCGGGGUUUCGAUUCCCGCACGGAACAACUCUUUGUUUUGUCACGGACCCAGAAAAACAACCCACAAAUUGUUGUUCUGGGUCUGGAUGUGAGGCUGAAAUUCCACCUCCAAGUACUAUUGGAACUGAAGAAAAUGAGUUGAAAGUGACAUUGCUGGAAAAGCCUAUUGAGUUAUUUGCUACCGCUAUCCCCGAAAAUUGGGCCUGCGGUCGGCGAGUAAGGGCAGCUCGCCGCCCGACCAGAACCAGGCCCGAGCGUACGGCGCGUAGCGUUCGCCUCAAAGAGCCAUUCGACCACCACAGACGGGGCCCUAAAGGGCUGAUGUUCAUCCGGGGUUGCGGGGUAAGCGCAAUGAGGUACCGUGACCUCGGCACAGAGCAGGAGAAGGAACAGGGUGGUUUUUAG